ACUUAUACUUCAUAACCACACCUGUUUUUUUAGAUCAUAAAAUUAAAUAAUUUCAUCCAUAGAAUAGAGGUCAUUCUAAACUGUUAUGUCAAGGACAUUUUACUAAUCAUCAGCAUCACGAAAGACAUCAAUAUUUUUAAACAAAGGAUAAAUGAAAUAUAUCUUUCUUGUAAUUUAUUUAUAGAACCUAAAGUAGAAGUUACCAAUCAACAAAUAUAAUCAAGGAUUAUACCGUGCUGUUCUACACUACACUAAUACGUUCACUAUCAAUUCAAAAAUAUCAUUUUCAAAGAACCAAGUCUUGAGAGAAAGUGUAAAGUAUGUUUUUAUAUAUAAUAUCGUCAAAAUUUUCAUAUUUUGAAAUCGGAUUAAUACUAUAGGUUUAUUACAAUCAAUGAUCUGUGAUCUCCACUACACUGAACCAUACUUCUUUUGCACUAAUAGAGCGAUUUCUUUUUUAUCGGCAAAAUUUCGUUAAAAUAAAAUUUAAAAUUUCAACAGCAAGUUUGUCAAGCUGGAGUACAGUGCCUCAUACAAAAAAGUCUUUUAAAAUUUCUUUUUAUAUUAAAACAAUGUUUUUUCAGAUAUCACCUGUGAGAAGAGAGCCAAAACCGAAAUGUGUGAUCAAAGAGAAGACUCCUGAAAAAAUUGAGAUUCUUUCAUUAGGACCUUUUGCAGCUGUACCAAAAUUAUUUUUUGACGAAAUAAAAAUUGGAGAUACAGCUUCUUGUAAGCUGAUAUUAAGAAACCCUACCAAACAUGAUAUAACUAUAUUAUUAACUAAAAGGAUACCAGAAGAAUUAAAUGUUAUUUAUAAUUGGGAAAAAAAUCGUAUAAAGUGCAAUUCUGAAGUUUUAUUUGAAAUAAUAUGGACUCCACGAUCUAUAGAAGCUUCUUAUCAUAAACUAACUUUUGAAAACCCUGAAGGAACAAUUCAUCGAGAUGUUCCAGUAGUUUUUAAAACAGUUUCAACUUUAAAGAACGCAAAAAUCAAGAAAAACACAAAACCACCACUGAAUAGUGUAAAGUCCCCCUCGAAGAAGUACUAUAAUACUAAACCACCAUUUAUUUCUCCAAAAAGGUACUUUGUUUCGCCCAAAAAAAAUGUUCAGUUUAAAAAAUCGCCUUCUCCAAAAAAAAAUUCCCAUUCAUUAAAAACAAACAAAAGCUAUAGUAAUGUAAUAGAUUUAAACAAAUUUAGUUUAAGAGAAAAAGAAAAUAUUCCUACAGAACAAUUUGUGGCUUCUAAAAAUGUAUCAUUUAAAUUAGAUUAUUUGGAUACAAUUGAAAGGAGAGAAACGUACGUUUUGAAAAGAGAAGACUCUGAUGUAUUUGAUGACAGUUUGGAAAUAACAAACAGUGCUACUAUCAUUUCCUCGCCAGAUAAAAAGAUGAGACCACCUUUAACUUCCUAUAAUGGUAGUCCACUUUCACCAGACGUAUCUUUAGGUACAUAUUUUAAACAAAAAUCAGAAAUACCUGUUACACCGAGUUAUGGAUUAGAGUAUAAAUUAAUGCACUUGGAAACAUUUUGCUUCACACCCACUUUAAGUUUGAAAAAUGAACCAAUUAACAAUACAAAAGAAUCGGUUGGGCUUCUAAAUGUACCAUUGAAAUCUUUUACACAUUCACGAUUAAGUACAGAAACUUAUGUUAAAGACAAUACUAGUUUUGAAACGUAUGUCAAAGGAAAUUUAAGUGGUGAAACGUAUACAAAAGAUUUAUCACUUGAUCAUGUAGAGCAUUUAAGUCCAGUUGCUUUAUCACCUAAUUAUCAGGAACAAAUGGUCUCGAAAUAUUCAACAUAUACACAACAUGCGAGUAAUGCAGAUCAAUCAAAAAUAGAUUAUGAUAAUGGACAAAUACAUAAUACUAUAAAAAGUACUUUUGAAUUUACAAGACCUCAAAAUACCGCAAAUUUUGAAAAUAAAACCAAAAAUAUGUUCAAUUUUACUAAACACACCAAUUUUCUCAACUCCACACCUGUAAUUGAGAAAAAUACAGAUCACAGUAUGAGAUGUACAAGUAAAAUUAGUCCUAUUGAAGACAAAUCAGUUCGUAUUGAACAAACUAGAAAUAUCAGGAUAAAAUCAGAUUUAGAUUUAAGCGCAAACUUUUCUAAACCAGGCGGAGGAUUGACAGGACCACGAGAUUGGUCAAAAAGAGGAUGCGCCCCAUUUCGAAUAGCAAAAACCAGCACGGGUUUGAAUUUGAAAAGAAAUAUAAGCGAAUUAAUCGAUGAAGAAACACAAGUCGUUUCGAAGAUAGCCAAAAGAGAUAUGAAUACUAUAAUCAUACAAAACCCGUUUCUUUUAGCAUCUACUGAUACUUUUGAUCCUUUCAUGACUUCUCAAUUGUACGUCGACGCUAAAUGGAUAGAUGAACAAGAAGUGUAUUUCCAAAAGUGGUUGAAUUCCUUAUUAACACCCCCGCAAGAACUGUAUUCUGAAGAUAGAGUGAUAGAUGUAGCUAAAGUAUGGCAAGAGUGUAAGAAACGUGAAGUGGAAGCAGCACCUACGAAAGAAAUCGUUUCAAUUAAAUAUCACGUUAACGCCAAAUUGAACAGUUUGAGAAAAUCUGCUCAGGCUCUAUUCAGAUCUAGAGAAAUGAGUGGUGUAUUAUCGAAAGUUUUAUUAGCAGUGGAUAAUGGAAAAUUGAAUAUAAGACAAGAUAGACAUGUGCAUUUAAAUCUUGCUAUUAAAUCCCAAAUAAUGUCGUUGCUUUUAAGUUACAACAGUUUGUGGUUGCGAAUCGGUUUAGAGACUAUAUAUAAUGAAAUAAUCAAUUUACGUUCUAAUUCAGAUAUUGUGGGUCUUAGCACUUUUUUAAUCAACAGGUUAUUCAAGGAUCCUUAUUUAUUGAAAAAAUAUAAAUCGAUACAUUCACCUAAAUACGUUAUCGAUUUUAAUAAAUUUUUUUUGAAAAAAUUUCUAACUUUAGUAUAUUUUCUCGAUGUGGCAAAAAAUAAUAAAUUAAUCCCCCACAAUCCGUGUCUAUUUUGCAAAAAUGGAGAAAUUAAAGAAAGUAGAGACAUGCUUCUAACGUUGGCAAGGGAAUUGUUGUCCCAAGUUGGAGAUAUAACCAAAACUUUAAAAUUUUUCGGUUACAUAGUGACUCAUGUUCAAACUUUUAUCCACGAAUUCGAUUACGCUGUUAAAAAUUUAGGAGUUGACUUAAGGGAUGGAGUAAGAUUAACAAAAGUUAUGGAAAUCAUUUUACUUAAAGAUGAUUUGACUAAUAAUUUGAGAGUACCAAGCAUAUCUCGUUUACAGAAAGUACAUAAUAUGAAACUAGUGUUUGAUUCUUUGGAAAAAGCAGGAUUUAAAAUAAUGUAUGAUAUAACACCUAAAGAUAUAGUAGAUGGACAUAGGGAGAAAACUUUAUCGUUCUUAUGGCAGAUAAUAUAUAAAUUCGAGGCACCUCUUAUGGUUAAAUGUGCUACUACAAUUCAAUCAUGGUAUAGGAGUCUACCCGUAAUGCUUAAAAGAAGGAAAUUACAAAGAUUAUAUAAGGAAAAGCAGAACGCUGCUAGUAAAAUACAAAAUUGGUAUAAGAGACAAAAAUUGGCAACAAAAUUAAAUUAUUUCGCUUAUGAAUUGAAACACUACUUGUAUAUCAUCAAAAUUGAAAAAGCAGCUAAGAAAAUACAAAGUUUCUACAGAAUGUACAAGCAAAGACGAGCUUAUAAACAACAAAUAAAAUCCAUAAAAGGGAUACAAACAUAUUCUAAAGGCUGGUUAAUUAGAAACUUUUAUAAACACAGAAUACAGAGUGCAGUAAUAAUUCAAAGUUAUUUUAGAAUGUUUGUAGAAAGAAAAAAAUAUCUGAAGAUACAAAAAUCUGUGAGAAUUAUACAAUCUUGGUAUAAUUCCAAAAAGCAAUUGCGAAAGUAUCAAAAAUUAAGAUCCGCAACUAUAUUUAUACAGCAAAAAUUGAGAGCACAUUUAUUGGGCAUUAAACAACAAAACGAAUAUCAAAAAUUAAAACAAACAACCAAAUUUAUACAGAGAAGAUACAGGGCUAAUGUUUUAUGUAGAAUUGAACGAACAAAAUACCAAACUUUAAAAUUAGCCACUAUUUUUAUCCAAACUCACUACAGAUCACUUAAAUUGAUGAAAUUGCAUCGUCAGAAAUAUAUUGAAUUAAAAAAAGCUGUAUUAAUAGUGGAAGAAAGAUAUUUGGCUUUGAAAGCUAUGCGAUUAGAACAACAGAAAUUUAUCAAAAUAAAAACUGCUACUUUGGUCAUACAAGCAAAGUUUAGAGCUACUUUGUUGACUAGAAUUGAUCGAUUCAAAUAUUUAACUAUGAAGAGAGCCAUAAUAAUACUUCAAACAAAUUGGAGAGCAUACAAAUUAGCAAAAAUAGAACAAGAAAGGUAUAAAGUGCUUCGUAAAACAACUUUACUUGUACAGCGAAAAUGGAGAGCCAAUAUAGCUUGUAAAAAUAGUAAAAGUUAUUAUCUUAAACUUAAAGCAACAACUUUGUUUGUACAACAAAAAUGGAGAGCUAAUAUUAAGUGUAGGAUACAACGAGAAGAAUACCAAUUGUUGAGAAAGAAUGUUAUUUUCAUCCAACGAAAAAUCAGGUCUAAAAUUGAGUGUAGAAAAGUCAAAAAGUAUUAUGAAGAACUUAGAACGAAAACUAUUUUCAUACAGAAAAUGUGGAGAAAUAAAUUAUUGGCAAGAAGAGAUAGGAAAGUCUAUAUGGAUUUGAAAUUAUCAACUAUAUUUCUACAGAAAAGAUGGAGGUGGUUAAAAUUAGGUGAAAAACAACAUGAAGACUAUGUAAAACUAAGAAAAGCAACUAUUUUUAUUCAACAAAAAUUAAGGGCUAAAAUUGAGUAUGAAAAAGUUAAAAAAUAUUAUGAGGAACUUAAAACAAAAACUAUUCUUAUACAAAAGUUGUGGAGAAAUAAAUUAUUAGCCAGAAGAGUUAGGAAAUUAUAUGUGGAUUUGAAAGUAUCAACUAUUUAUAUACAGAAAAGAUGGAGGUGGUUAAAAUUGGGUGAAAAACAACACAAAGACUAUGUAAAACUAAGAAAAGCAACUAUUUUUAUUCAACAAAAGUGGAAGGCUAAAAUUGAGUAUGAAAAAGUUAAGAAACAUUAUGAAAAACUUAAAGAAAGGACUAUUUUUAUACAAAAGUUGUGGAGAAAUAAAUUAUUAGCCAGAAGAGAUAGGAAAUUAUUUGUAGAUUUGAAAUUAUCAACUAUAUUUGUACAGAAAAGAUGGAGGUGGUUAAAAUUGGGUGCAAAACAACACGAAGACUAUGUAAAACUAAGAAAAGCAACUAUUUUCCUUCAACAAAAAUUCAGGGCUAAAAUUGAGUAUAAAAAAGCUAAAAAACAUUAUGAAGAACUUAAAGAAAAGACUAUUUUUAUACAACAGUUGUGGAGAAAUAAAUUAUUAGCGAGAAGAGAUAGGAAAUUAUUUGUAGAUUUGAAAUUAUCCACUAUAUUUGUACAGAAAAGAUGGAGGUGGUUAAAAUUGGGUGAAAAACAACACGAAGACUAUGCAAAACUAAGAAAAGCAACUAUUUUCAUUCAACAAAAAUUCAGGGCUAAAAUUGAGUAUAAAAAAGCUAAAAAACAUUAUGAGGAACUUAGAGCACAAACUAUUUUUAUACAGAAAAUGUGGAAAAAUAAAUUACUAGCAAGAAAGGAUAGGAAAUUAUAUGUAGAUUUAAAAUUAUCAACUAUUUAUAUACAGAAAAGGUGGAGGCGGUUAAAAUUAGGCAAACGAGAAAGAGAAGACUAUCUCAACUUACGAAAAGCAACUAUUUUUAUUCAACGACGUUGGAAAGCUAACAAACAAAUGAAAAUUGCUGUCGAACAAUAUAUUUCCUUGAAACGGUCUGCUACAACAAUUCAAAGAAGUUUAAGAGCAACUUUGGAAAUGAGAAAACAAAAACAGAUUUACGCCGUUACUAAAUAUUCCAUUAUAAUAAUACAAAGGUGGUACAGAAAUUGUUUAUUAACCAGAAAAGAAAUGCGGGAAUAUUUAUUAAAAAAGAAAGCCAUAUUGGAAAUACAGAAAUAUAUAAAAGGAUAUUUAAUUAGAAAAAAAUACGCUGAAUACUUCACACCGGAAGCUAGAGAAAGAAGAAGGAUAGAGAAAUUAGAAAACGAAGCUGCUAUGAAGAUUCAAGCUACCUGGAGAGGCUACAAAACUAGAUGUUUGGGGAUACCUGGAAUGAAAUCGAUUAGAGAAAGGUGUAUAAAGGCUAAUGCCACUGCUGCACCUGAAGGUACUAUACAAUUCAGAUGCAACGCAGCCUUACAAACUAUUGCUCACAAAAAUUCUACACUGUUCCAAAUAAAUAACGCUUUAGAGGAUAUAGAUUAUGCAACAAGAAGAUGUAAGAGCAUAUGUAUCACAUUAGGCAAAUUGCUUCCGGAGCAACUGUACAUUUUACUUAGUUCCACCAGUAGAUCUCUACCGGAAAUGAACGCCUGCAUCUACUCGGUUAACAUCCUUAUAAACUUCUUCAAAUUAGAAGAAACGAAAGAAAGCAGUUUUUCUCCCCAUUACUUAGAAAAAUUGGUAACUCUCAUGAUGCAUUGGUGCGAUAAAGAGUCUCAGCUGUUCCCUUCAUUGUGUACGCUGUUUUGGUUGUUUGCACAUACUCCGCAAUGGAGACGUUUAAUAAUUAAUAUACCUAAUAUCGAUAAGAAAUUUGAGAAAAUUGGGGAAUUAGUUUCUAGGAAGGAUAGUAUGGUUAAGAAGCAGGGAGCUAAAGGAUCUGCGUUGUUUGCAAGUUUUAAAAAUUUACCGAUGCCUUCACUUGUUGCAGAUUGGGGUUUGGAUUAUAAGAACAACCCAUUCGUUUUUACUAAUUCCGUACAUGCUUUCAAUUCUUUAAUGAGCAUUUUAUUCAAAUAAGUUUUUAUGUUUUAUCUUAUUAAGUUGUCUUUUAUUUAUAUAUUGUAUUUUAAAUUUCUAAGUUUCAAUAAAGAAUUAAUCAAACGAAAAA